AUGUCCGAGUCGAGCCACGCACCAAUCCAUUUAAAUAUCUCUAGUGAUGUACCAUCAGCGUCACGUAUGCGCCCUCGACAUACCAAUAAGUGGCAAGCCAGCCAUGUUCUGGGUGACUCUGGCAGUGGUAUCGCAGAUUUGUACGAUGUAGUCGAUGCUAUUGGCUCGAUGACCAUCAACGAUGUUGAUGAACUUGAAGCUAACCUCAUCAUGGACCUCGCAAGGGCCCGACGGGAUAUAUUCAAUGCAGAGAAAACACUUGCCGAUUGCGUCGUCCCGAGAAUACAAGAAAAUACGGUCUUUCUCACCACCCAGUGCCACACAAUCUUCACAACUCAUUCACAUCCUGCCAUCAGGUUACUGUGGGGAACUAUCAAAAAAUGUCGAUGCUGGGAGAAAUUUACUGUGAGCUCUGUCCCGCUGUGGGUUACUGUCGAAAAUGUUGAUGUCUGUGGAGAAAUUUACUGUGAGCUCUGUGCCGCUGUGGGGCGCUGUGGGAAACUGUGGGAAAUGUCGAUGUCUGUGGAGAAAAUUGGGGUUUACUGA